AUGGUGCCGGAUGGGAACGCCCAGCCCCCGGUACCGCGGGGGUUGAGGUGGCUCCAGCUCGUGCUGUGGAAUAUCGCGUGCAUAGCCUCCCUGCUCGUCACGUUUGUCUGGGCUUCGGAAGACUACGUCCGACAGGUUCGGCAGGGCACCAAGAACUUCGACGUUCAGGCUCACGGCCUGGUAGCGUUCUUCAUGCUGGUGGAUCAGUUGCUCAUAGCGGACACGUUCAAGCUGGGGCACAUGAUCUUCACCCAGAUCUACGGGCUGGUAUACCUAGCCUUUUCUGUCAUUUGGUUCUACAAAGGCCCGGAAGACGAGAAGUAUCUCUACGAGGACACACUCGAUUGGGGCGAGAACAGGCUGCAGGCCUGCCUGUCGGGAGGGGUCGCCGUAGGGGUCCUCGUGCCGAUCGCCGGACUGCUGCACCUGGUGGUGUUCAGGCUGCGAGAAGCACUCUACGGGAGGGUUCGAGACAAGGACAUCGGAUACAUCAUCUCACUCGCUUUCGAACUACAGGAGAACAACAAGAAGGAACGGAGAACCACGGGCAGAGGGCACUUCACGAAUUGA